AUGGAAAUGUACACCGACACACUAUCACAUUCGUUCGUGGGGAUGACGUUCCCGGAUGCGGCCGACCUGUUGUUCACACGUCUGGGACUGCUCUUGCUGGCCAUCGAAUUGAAAGAUGAGGAGAACCGUGAGUGUAAUAUAGCCAUCAAUCCUGGACCAUCAUGUGUCAUUCAAUCACAAACGCAGGGAUUUUUCAUUGCUCAAAGUGCUGAUGAAGUGAAACGCGCAUUUUUCUGGUGCAAACAGUGCCAUGAAGAUAUUCGUGAUGUGACGCUUAUCAAAAAGUGCAAGUGCAAAAAUCGUGAGUUCUAA